CUCCUGGUGACGUUGUUCGUGAGCAGCAACUACAUCAAAGCCAUUAUACUGGUGCACAACAGUCCACCACCUCUGACGCUUCAACGAGGAAGCAAGGGGCCUCAUCAACUUCUGGUAUUCCGCUCGCGUGCAAUUUCCAAACGGGUGCGGAUUUAAAGAACACGAGCUCUCGUCCUGAUGGUUGUACCUCAAUAUCCCGCUCGGAACAUCUUCAACAGGAAAGCUGCACACAAGGACCAGCAGACAAACCAAGAACGCGUCUAACUUCAGACACCAGAACGGCUUCGGCCGCUGCAACCUGCUCAGGAGUCUCUGUGGUAGGCGUGCCAAAGGGGACGGAACAGGAGCAGGAGCUGCAAGGAGCUUCAUCCGCACAACAAAAGGAGCCAGCUACGUCUUCUCCCAAGAAGGAAUGUGGUCCACCGCCUGGCGAGGACGAGGUGGGAUCACAUAGUACUUUGGUCGACAAGGACAAUGGUUGUAGAGGCGCGACGAGUUCAACUUUUUGCACGACAACAACUUCUACCACGACUGUCGUUACAUCAACGCAAAGAGGGACGAAGCAGCAGAUCACGAUAAAAAGCAACAAGCUCGCACAGCAGAUGGAAGUGGAUCCAGUGGGCACCACGGCGCAGCUAUUCUCACAUCUGGGGACCAAGGUGAUGAAUAACCUCGUUCGCGCGGGGGCGGCGGGGGAACACACCACGGAGAUUAAUAUUGGCAAGACCGGGGGGUCGUCGACGUCGACGCCUUCUACCUCUUCGUUGCCAACCUCAACGUCCAAGAUCCCUCUGGAAUGCUUUCCGAAAGACCUUGUGCCGGUGCUGCGCAAAAAGAAGUCGAAAACCACGGCAGGGGCAGCAGGUGCAGCGACGAAUGUGUCUCCUCUUGGUGCUGGCACUGCUUCCUCUGCACGCACGAUGGCCCCCGCCGGAGGUUCCUCCGCCGAGGAGACUAGUACAGAGCAGCUGCAAGAACAAGAACUCCCGUCUACUUCGCUCGCUGCAGAAGACCGGGUGGAAUAUGUGGCGACCGGAAAAAAGGCGAUUCUACCCCCGGAGACGGAGAAGCUUGUCAAAGAGAAGAUGAAAUUGCUUUCCGCUUCGCAACACGCCGGCAUGGAAAUUGUGAUUGAGCCAGAGGACAGCAGUUGUACUUUCCCAAGCAGCACUAGCAGUUGCGACGUUACUACCAGUGAGUCAAGAAACAAAAACUGUAGUUCUGCAGUCGCUGCUGUUGAACAAAGCGUCACCAGGACGUCGUCUUUUGGAGCAUCAGCUCCAGGAGUUGCAGGCCCAAAAUCGCCUGUGACCGCCGAAGAGAAGUUAGCGAUACGAAAGUUUCAAGAAGACAAGCUCGAGGCGAAGCGGCAACGGAUUGAACGAUUGCUGCUGGAAGAGGAGGAGCUGCAGAAAAACAAACCGAAAAAGAAGAAGAAGAAGAAAAAGACGCAGGAUGAGCAGGGCGCGGAACAAGAGGAAGCUGCUGGCGCAGGUGAGAUAAAGGUGGAGCAGAGCAUCGAUCGGGAAAACAGCCAGGACACUGUCGCCGCAGAGAUGCUGGCGCAGCACGAGGUUCUUGCACAAGAGCCUGAUGACGAAAGAACUUCGGACGCCUCGGAAGAUCCGCCCACGCCUAUCGAGAUGAAAAAACCUUUUUUUCCGCUCCCGAAGGCGAGCUCUUAAUGCUCUUAAUUUUGUACGUGAAUAAUGUCUACUGUACAUCACUAUGCUAUCUAUCAAUCUAUGAAGCCCGCAGUUGUUCUGGAGCUAAGACUGCCGAGCUUCUUGGUACGAUCAUCUUUCAAGUUCUCACAAUUUCCGCCUUUAUUCCAGCUAUGUGCCACGCCUACGUCGACGCACGAGGUAGAUGCCUCCCCAUAAAAAGUCCCCCAUGGACAAGUUUGGCACUGCGGAACAAGUCUGUCUCCGAGAUGAAGAAUGAACUAGCGUGAAAUACUUGAUAGCGAGCGUCUUUCUUCGGGAGCCCAGAGCAUGCGCGACAAACAUUUCCGUGCUGUGGGGGGUUUGUCGUCUAGGGCGCUUUUUGUUGUGAUAUCCACCUCUGAGCACGCUACCACGUCCCCAGCUUCGACAAAUCCGCAACAUCAAGCGACCUCCAGCAGCGCGACGAAAGUGACACCGAAGAAUCCGGGUGAGAAAGAUGCAGAAAAAAGAGCAGACGGCACUAAAAAAGUGAAGACCACUCUGCAGCAGAACAGUGUGCAGUUCGCGGAGGAGGCUCCUGCAGAGACGAAAAUUAUGUCAAAUCGCGAGAAAAAGCGUCUAGCACGAAUGCAGCAGCAGCUAGCAGGGACUAACUCCAAGAAUGAUGCAGGUGUGGGCAAACCUGGAGAACAUACUGCUGCAGCAGCUGCGACGGGAACUACCUCUGUUAAAUUGCGUCAACAGCAGAUCACGAGCACGGUUGCAGCCUUUGGUGAUGAAGAGCCACUACCAACAUCAUCUCAGCCACAGGCAAAGAAAAGCAAGACGAAGAUGAAGAACGCAGCAGACACGACAUUGAGCAAAGACGCUACCUCGUCCGCAAGCAAGAAAACGUCGGGCACUGCUGGUGGGAGUGACCAGAAGCGCAGUGCGUCAUGCGCCGCCGCUGAGAAGAAAUCUCCGCCCAACUAUGCCACGGUGCCGCAAGACACAAGAAUGGAGAUCGCUAACAGGUGAGAUUGAGCAAGAUUGUUUCAAACACAACCUUUUGAUGGCUAUGGGUAUGAAGAUCAUACAUGGUGUUUCCGUUUCUAUCUCGCCUCCUGCUUGAUACGAAGUGAAACCUUCGGUACUAAUUGAAUACGAGCGUGAUGCUUAUUACGAGCUAGUAAUCAUGUAUGACGAUAAGUACAGAUGAAACAGAUAGCGCGUACAACAUCAUGAGCGUACGCAUUGGCAACCGAGGUUCUUAGGUACUACACAGAAGAAAAGCCUUGAUCGAAAUUCAACAUUUUAAAUGGCAAACGAUGUGGAGAAAAAUACCGAGAAUUUUUUUUUUUCAAAACAGAAUCUGGGUUUUGUUCGAGCGUCGUUUGCAGGAGACGGACUUUCAGGACGUGCUCUCCAUUUGGGAUUGGGACCUGCUUUCUGACCUGUAUUCCAAUGAGUACGAGGCAAUUAAGGCAGCCCUGAGUUCAGAAACCGUGGUGCCUACGCCAGCCGCGUUUGAGGAUACGCUGAAGCACGACUGGGCGAAUUUGUUCGGGAUCAAGGUGGACAAAGACUACGACGAGACGAGCAAGCUGCUCAGCACCCCGGAGUCCACGGGGAGUGUCGUGGUCGGGAAGAGCGGCAAGCGAAAAGUAGCGGGCAAGGCGACGACCUCCGCGUCCACCAGGGGCGGUGCCUCCGCAUCUGCCGAAGCCACGAAAGACGGGAUGAACGAUAUCAAAUCCAUGAUGAAGGAGGGGAAGAAGAAAUCUGCAGGAACACCAGGUACCGCGUCUGCGUCUGCGACGACCGGUGGCAAUGCGUCGCUCAAGAAGGUGUCUGGUUUUCCUUCCGAGCAGCUGCGCGACAGGGGAGAGAAGGAAGCGAACAAAGCCAAGUCGGGGGAAGUCAUGAUCGCCGUAGGGGGCAAUGAGGGGAUCAUCGGGAUGGAUGCAGAUGCAGGUUCUGCCGGCUCGGCAGCAAUGCAAGACAAAGGCAAGAGCAAAAUCGGUAAUCAUUCGGUCAAUUACGCCAGCGCCUCUGCCGCCGGUGCUCCACUGAUGUCGUGUUUGAGCAGCUCCGAAAAGGACGGCGACCAGGCCCAGGGCGCGCCAGAAACACCAGAUCAUUCGCAUUCCGGCGCCUGCUCGCGAACCGCUGUCACCAGCACGAGCCUGUCCUCGGUAGUACAGGAGCCGUUCCGUGUGCAGCCAAAGCAGCGCAAAAAGGACAAGGUGGAUGCGAAGCAGAACCAAGGUAAAGGCUGCAAGGCUGUUCUGUUUUUUCUGCUGUAAUAUACAGUGCUGGGAACAACCGAUCGUGAACAGUUGAGGUUCAGUCUACUUGACCGAGACAGACGUAACUCUUUUGACUGUGAGCGGGUUUCUGCCCGUCGAUGAGGUUCUUUUGGUGUAAUGUUUCUUGUUUGCUGAAAUCGAAAGAGCGAAGUCAAUGCAACUCCGCUUCGUUUUUAAAUAUUACACAGCCCUUCCUGCUAUCCGUGUUCCGCCCGUGGAGGAGCUGCAGCUGCACUGCUGGGAACGCCCCGACGGGUUGCUGUACUUUCGGAAUCACCAGGUGUAUCCCGAGAAACGCGCCACCCAGAUUUGCCGCAAUCUCCGCGACUGCAAGCUCGGCCUGCGGUGUCCGGACGCGCACUGUCCCGAGGAGAUGGAGCCGAAGACGGCGGAGCAGGUGGAACAGAUGAAGGCCAAACUGUUUUCCCAGUUCCGGGCUAACAGCGACUGCUGCUACGGGUUUCACCGCCUCUCUCACGGCGAAAAGGUACUCCUGCUCGGCAACCUGGAGCAGGCUCUGGGCGCGAAAAACGUGGGAAACGCCAAUGGGGUGCUGAUGACGAAAAUCCGUAGCAUAUCGUGUUUAAAAACGUCCCCACCCCAUAGUUGUAAUGCAAAUCUGCAUGCUGAAACCAAACUGUUUCUCAUGCGGAGCCCCAUGAGAAGCAUUUUCUAGUCGUGUUGUGCGAUUUGUCAUGCUCCAAUCAGCAUGACAUACUAGAUCUGUGAUGCUGUUGAACUAGUAGCUCAAACAGCACUACACCACAAGUUGAAAUCUGUCAUGCGAAAGAGCCAAAACUUGUGGAUUUGUCUAGCCGAUUCCCUAUCUUGACUAUGGGGUGGGGGCGUUUUUACAUACGAUAGAGCAUGGUUUGUAACCGGCGGGCGUUCCAGGAGUGGCCGGACAACUUUGACCUCGUUCCGGACGAACGAUUCUAUCUCGCGGUGCACAAAGAGCUGGACGCCAACGUUCGCCGGGCCUUCGAGAAACUCACCCACCUCGAGCGCAUCACGGUCAUGCGGGAGGGACCCCUGCACUGGAGCAGCAACCAGUCGGCUGCGUUGAUGUCGUACAUAAACAAGGUGAGGACCGGCGAGUGGCAGAUGCGGGUGAAUCGGGAGGCCAAGUUCCAGGAGCGAAGGAACAUCACGAAAGAACGCAUGUCAGCAUCAACUACAACCACAUCAAAUGCGGAGCAGCAGCAAGUGCAAGACGGGGGUGCAGCUCCUGGUGUUCCUGCAGCGGGGGCCGGUGACCAUGUUAGAAGUGGUGCAUCAGGCAAUAACAAAAACAUCUCGUCGUCGUCCUCGACGAGUGCCGCUUGCUCGCCGCCGUUGCUGCAGAUUAGCAACCCCCGUGGUUCUGCGGAACAACCACCACAGCGAUGUGCAAGCGGGGAGAAAGGCCUUAAUUUUGCUUCGGCGAAAAUAGCUCACACCAAGCCGAGCAACGACCUUGAAAAAUCCUCCCAAGUGGUCGUCAACGCCUGUCCAACAAGUACAUCCGAGCCCACGAGCGCGGGAAAAUCGCAGCCUACCGCAACGUCGAAUUACGUCGCCUGCAGUAAUAGUUCUCCGGAAACGCGGACAAUGAGCAACUUUUUCGGGAGUGCUGGCAAUUUUUACACGAACAAAACGAAGAACGGCACAUCAAAAAUGAGCAAGGCUUCUUGCCCUGAAAGCGAACACGGUGAGGAGCUUACGCUGGCCAGUUCUGUCCCGAUGACGAACAAGUCCUCCCCCGCAAGUGCGACAAAGACGAAGCACACGUAUCAAAUGUAAAAAUGUCUGGGUCUGGAAGAAUGCAAGUUUGUCAUGCUUGUCUCACAUGACUCUUAAAUUUGUCAUGCACAUUACCCAAGACCGCCAUUUUUCUGUCAUGCAGAAACGCAGUUUGUCAUGCAGAAUAGGCAACACCAAGAAGCUCAGAAACUUGUCAUGGUGAGCCAGCACUUGUAGCCUCCUCAUGAUACGCCGCCCAGCAUUACAAGUUUCCAGACCCAGACAUUUUUACAGUUUAUAACACGACAGCUACCGCCAGGGGUCUAGCUCCAGCGGGGACGGUUGCAUCAAGCUUUUUGAGUAGUUCCACCACCUCCAAAGGAGCUCCUGUGUUUUCCGCCACCUCCGACACCGUAGUUGCGGAACCGGUGAACAAGAAGAAGUACACAGCUGAAGAAGAUGCUGAUGAAGCAGAUGACUUAGACUCAUUUCCCCCACCUGGGUUGUCGGAGCCAGCGACAUCGAAGCAAGAUAGUAAAUCCACCACCGCCACCUACCUGUCCGGGGGAAAGGACCGAAGCAAUUUCUCCCCCGUAUGGGCUCCUCAAACGUUUUUACAGUGAUCGCUGUUGCAUGUUGAUUUGGCAUGCAAAAUUAUUUGACGACACGAUCAAGCUACUUCGCACGCAAGAAGUUCUUCACGCACUAAAUGGCGUUCAUUGCCAAGAAAUCGGUAAAAAUCCAAGACGCGCAAGCUCUAGCUCCCCCCUGUCACUUUUGCUCGCCUUGCAGCUGCGCAGAAGCAUGGAGCAGCGAUCUAUGUCGCGUUUGAGAAUGCCAUAACCCAGCACGUUGCAGCUGGAUCAACAGUCAUGCUCGGUUUCACCGGAGUUUGACCUGACCAGAAAGCUGAUCGACGAGUUUUCGCAUGAGCCGGACGCUACGAACGCAUCCGGUUCGAAGAAGGUGCUAACAGCGUCUGGUCGCCCGGUGCGAUCACCGGAGCAGGAUGUGUCCUCAGCCACUUCAGUCACUGUUGCUGGGGCCCCUGCUCCUUCUGGGCGCGGUCAAACAGCGACCACAGCAACGCACUUUUCGUCUUCUUGGACUGGAGCGAGCAAAAGCAAUGCAGCCUCUGUUUGGCAGCGUGGUCUUCACAACACGACCAAAGGUAGUUUGGCCACGGGGGGCGCGCCGCUAGUACCUCCCGUACAGCAGCCACCGACCGCAGCCGCUGCAGCACAUAGCAUUAAAGGACAACAGCAGGCGACAAAUUAUAGCACCAGUAGCAAGGCCAAAGCCGCGUCAACAGCAGCUGCCUCCGUUCUUCUCGGCAACAAGACAUCAAAACCAGACGAGAUUAGCAAGUAUAACUACAGCAAGCAACUAGUCAGCAAGGCGGUUCUUUCUCGCGAGGAGCGACUCGCACAAGAACCGCCGCCUCGCAGCCCGCCGGGCCUGAGCAAGAUGAGCCCCACCACGCCCGGACUUCUUGGCAAUAAAAACCUUUCGGCGAGCAGUAACCUGGCAGAUGAUCACGAGGACAAUCUUCAUAAGAAAAGCAUCACCGAUUCUGCCACCCUGUUUUUACCGCCACCCCCUAUGGUGAAACCCCCGCCCCCGCCGCUGUGCAGGCCUCCUCCGCCACCAGGACUCACGCCGGCGAAGUCCGAGCAUGGCGGGACGUCGAGGGGACCAGCGCGCGCAGGCGAGGAAGACGAGGUCCGCAGCGACGCAGACGGGGAAGAUCCGAACCUCUUUUCCCCGCCUUCGAGGACCAAUGUGUAUGGAGAAAUAAACACCAAUGGAACUACGACCGGUGUGGAGGGCACGGACCCCAGCUCUGAUGCUGCGAGGCGCGACGAGGAACAGGAAGGGCAGCAACAAGAAUCAAGAACUGCUGCACUUCUACCGCUCAACAAAGCAGGUGGUCCCUCUACUGCUGCGUUCUUGAAGAAGAGAGAGCCUAGCAAGGUGUACUUCGGGCAGCAGGUCGUGGUGUCACCUGCCGGUCAUUACAAUUUGCAAGGCAGUUCUUGUAGUACUACAGAGGUCGCGGCGGGGAAAAGUAAAAGAUCCAGCGAUGUUGAGCAACCACCUUCCGGAACUACACCCGCAGGUGGUGCCAAUGUUAAAGUAGCUGGAAAUAGUACAAGAGGGGCCGAUGAGGAAAGAAGUGCUACGCUACUAUCGGCUCGACGAGUUACGGUGACGAAUGACAGUAGGAAGAGCACCACAGGUGAAGACCAGGACGCCGGCAUCCAAGAAGACGUCGUAGCGUCGACCUCCAUGGCGAGAACGGGACGCAAAGUGGCCACCUCUACAAUGAAGGACUCGUCGAAAGUUUUGAGCAGCGCAACAUCUUCAAAGACCAUCACCACUUCUGGAAAGUUUAUUGCACCAUCGUCGGGUCGUGUAAAUCAGCAGAAGCAAAACACAGCCCAAGACAAUUUCACUGCUUUGAAGAUGAGAACGACCGAAGCUGACCAGCCGGAGAAAAAGCGGAGUCUCAGUAACAGUACGUCGUCAUACACGAGCUCAGGUUCGUCGUCGUCCUGGGACGAGCGAGAGAAAAAGGUCCUCGUGGCAACAGCGGCGAGAGCAAAAGCAACGUUGAAGGCCUCAGACAGGAAGCGCGCAGCGGGCCUGGUGCCAUCCGCCUCGACCUCCGCGAGGACCGGUGGUGGCGGAGACGUUGUCCUACAACCAGCACCGAGCGAUAAGGAAACGACGGUUGUAGUUCCAGUAGCUGUUUCUGAAGAUAAUAUGUUGACAUCCAGGACGACCGGAGCGGUCGAUUCGACAUCCAAAAACGAACCAGGUCGUCCUGUGAGUGGUGGCCGACUCAUUUCCCCGGUCCCGGCAACGUCAGCCAAUAUCGAGUAUCUUACGGCGGAGGAAAUGACAGAGGCCCAAAAGCAGCAGCGCGAGCAGGAACUUUUCCAAGCCUUGACCCGACCCCCGGAGGAGGACUUUCUGCAUUACAGCAGCAGUCCAGAGAAACUCCUGAAAGAGAAAAUCAGGCUACGAAGCACCAACAUGGGAAGCAGUGCUAGUGGCGAUAAGAACAGGAAGGAGAGUGGUCAACACCUUUCAGGGGGAUCAUCUUCAUCAAAUGGCAACGUCAAGAACAGCAACACCAAUCAAGCGAACCUGCAACCGCUUAGCGAUUCGGAUUUGGACCUGCACGCGGCGCUGGACUUGCUGAAACAGCAGCACGAGCCCCAGACCAAGAUCAUUGUAUCAAAUGUAAAAAUGUCUGGGUCUGGAAGAUUCUGACACUUGUCAUGCACGUUUUGCAUGAGCCAUGAUGUCUGUGAUGCAUACCCUAGCAAUGCAGAUUUUUUGAGGGCUUCCUGAUGCCUAUUCCGCAUGACAAAUGCCUUCUCGUCGUAGCAAAAAUUGCACUCCCUUUGCUACUCAUGCAAUACAGAUUUUUUUGGAGUCCAGAUGCAGCAUCACAAGUUGCAUUCUUCCAGACCCAGACAUUUUUACAUUUGAUACAUUGAGCGCCGCAUCAACUUGCUACCACUGAUGCAGUAUCCUGUGCAAAAGUAUCGUACUCGUAUUGCAAUCAUGCAUUACAAAUCUUUGUCUUUCCCUUAAUGGAAAUCAGCAUUACAAAUUUUAUCCCUCAUGCUGAGUUGGAAAUUUGUAAUGCAUUUAUACGAGUACGAUACUUUUGCAAUUCAUAUGCAGGGCCUACCGGCGAGCAGCAUCGAAGAAAAGAGCCACCAGAUGAUGGUCACAGAGAAGGAGAAAAAGAAGACCUCCAAGAUAAAAACGGGAGACAUGAUUGGGACCACUGCCAAGAAGCACAGUCACGCAGUGGAUCAUGGUCGUCUGGGAACAAACGAAGAUACAUUAUCUUCUGAGGACGAGUUUGACAAGAUACUCUCAGCCUCGCAAGAGACGAGCGGCACGAACCAUAAGGGUAACAUGAUGUUCAGUCAGGAGGACAUUCUGCGGAUGGAACGGUAUGCUUUGCAAAAGUAUCGUACUAGUAUAAAUCGCAUUAAUAAGCAUGUGAAAUGGAAUUUGUUAUGCUGUUUUAGCUUAAGAAGGCGAUCUGUCAUGCAUAAUUGCGAUUACUACGAGUACGAUACUUUUGCACAGGAUAAACGGCAACGCCACGACAUCUUUGGCGCGCUGGCGUGGGGCAAUUCAUUAUGCAAAUAAAAAGAGUCUUACUCUUAGUGUUCUUGUAGUUGUACAGUUAGACAGACUGGAUGGUUUUCAAAAAAGCAAGACACUACACAACGACCACUGUGGUCAUGCCCGAAAUACUUCUAGCGAGUCCCGCUCCCGACGCAAGUACUUGCAUGCGUGUACACCCGCCUGAGGACGAUCGCCGCGUUGCAAGUUUUGUUGCUCAUUCAACAUGCGAAGCGAGUCUGUUCAUCUAUACGCAGAACAGGUUUUGUGGCUGUGCGACUGCUGCUGCUAAAGUUAGUUGCAACAUCCGGUCUGUAUCUGUAAGCCUUUUUCCCUUGGAUAUUCAUCCCUGGACGAAGACCAGCAGAUUUAUGUCGGAGCUGGGGCCGCCUCUGCCACUGCGGCUCAAAUGUCGAGUGACAUUGCGUCUGGAGCCGGCGCGCACGAUGUUACGGGCGCUGGCGUGGAUCUCCUAACAGGAUGCACUAGUGGUACAACUGGCACCACUGCGGCCGGCGUGCUGGGAGGCAACGGAACCACGUCAACCACGGCGGCCACAGGUACUCUAGCACUUCCGUCAUUAUUUGAAGCGUGCGUUGUUUUUUUUUGUGCGCUUUGCACCUGCGUGACGAAGAACAAAUGUUGCCUGCGUGACGAAGUUUUCAGAUGAACGAGUUGGUGUUGGUGCAUUUCUUUUACUGAAACGUCACAGUACAUACUCAAACGUAUCAAUAUCAACUUGACAAACAGUCGAUGCGACGAGCCCGCUACACCCGGAUCAUCAUGCCACUACCACCACUGCAGCUCCUGUCCCUUCGAACACAAGAGCAACGUCUUCGGGCAUCUCCACCGCGAAUUAUGACCGAAGUCAAACAUGGCAAACUAUUCAGCUGACAGGGCAGAGCCAAAACGCAGGAUCAUCAAGUGAGACGGAUGCCGGCGCCGCGAAUUUUGCUAGCGCGACGAGUCGUGGGCUCCUCGGUGCACGGAGCGGCCACAUUCUCCCCGGUGGACGCCGACGACCUGGUAGUACUAGAAGCCCAGGUACUAAACUGAAAAAUGUCUGCAGCAAAAAAAAUCAAAAUUUUUGGUAGUGCAGUUUGCGCCCUUCUCUUCUCGCCCGGACUGCAGCGCGCUGGUGAGCGCCGUGGCCUCCAUGCUGGGGAACUUGACCGAGGUGCUGUGCUCCAUUCCUGCUGCGUCGUUUGGUCGAAGCUCCCGCGCGAGCUUGAAGGCCCCCUAGUAGCCAGCCCAAGCCCUAGUCCUCAGGCUUCUUGUUCUGGAAGUAGUUCCUUUGGUCAUGCUCCUGUCCAGCAUGCCGCGGACCUCAGCCAGGUACUUGGGCGUGAAGCCCCUCCCGCCAAAAGUGGCAAUUUGUAAUGCAGGUCUCGCAUUACAAGUGGCCUUUUCUUGUGACCCGUUCUGGGUCAGCUUUCUGGACCGCAUCACAAAUCUGAGCUCCUGAAUCGGCAGAAUGCCGUGCUGUGAGGGUUCAGAUUUGUGACGCAAAACGUGGCUCCGCCAAAAACGUCUGCACCUCUCCACUGAGGUCCCCAAGUGGAGGUGCAGACGUUUUUGGCGAGGGGGGGGGGAAAGUGAGGCUGAUAGCUCGUGUUUGUCUGCGCCGCCAAAAACGUCUGCACCUCCGAAAUUGGCCUCCAGAUGAGGUGUCCUUGGACACCUCUUCGGAGUCGUCCCGAGCCGCGGACCUCCGGGGCGAUAAUUUGCGGCCGCCCUUUUCGCAGGGCCCCGACCUGUAUCGGGCUCAAUUUGCAGGCAAAAGCCUGCAACUUGAGCUCAUCCCCUCUUCGACCUCCUCGGAGGCCGCGAGGUUUAAACCAAAGGCGAGCCUCUUCUUCAGCAAAUUCAACCCAUUCGCAAACAAGGCACGCACUCGGUAAAUCGUCAGGAAGCAGGAGGGAGUGUGAGAACUUGAAGAACUACAACUGCGGACCCGGGUGGACGACGUCCACCGAUACCGACGUACCGAGUCCCCCGGUGGCUGAGUUGUCUCCUCUGCUUCGUCCGCCGAGGCCUUGCCGGAAUACCUGGCCUAGCCAUUUCCUUGUUUGUUGUUCAUUGUGAAAAAAAAUAAACACACAAGCAGAUGGACGCCGACGACCUGGUAGUACUAGAAGCCCAGGCAGAUCGCGUGGCGGAGACGGACCAGGAGCGACUGCUGUGGGCAACUACAUGACCAGAGGCACAAUUGGGACAAAUUUGCUGAUGAACAAAGCGCCAAGUAGAGUCGUGCCGCCUCCGCCCGCGAUCGUUUGCCAGAAGAAGCACCGCGUGAUCAUAGAUUAUCAUGGUAUUGAGCUGACCGAUGACGGCAAAGGCCAGGAAGAGGGGUACCUCGCGUUGAAGAAAGGAUGGCAUUGUAUUCCGUACGGAAACACCCUGGCUUUUGGUCACGAAUACAACAAGUAUUUAAUACCUUACUUGUUGGCUCCUGCUUUCAUUGUUACUUAUUAUAUUAGAAGUCGAUCUAGAAGAGAUGAAAUAUCGAGCAAGCUCUACUGCGUAACAAGUGUAGUAGUUUUUUGUACAUAUAGAAAGGUCUAGUUCAUCACCGCGUACGCCAGACGGCCAUGUUUAUUGUCAUUCGUUGUCAAUGAAUAAACAAAGGUAUCAUUACUACGUGUACGGCAAGUGUGUGAAUAUGAACAAGGAAGGUUGGUUUCCCGCGGAAAUUUUGGAUUGCAAUCCUGAGCAAGUGCGCCACGACGCGACUUCGGACACACCCACAGGAGCGCUGGCCUCGUCGGCCACUAGUCAGCAAAUAUUGCAGGCACAGCUCCUAGCGAACAUCGAAGGUGGUGGGAACGCAGCGCAGAUGCAGGGAAAUGAUGACGAGAACAAACACGCGUGCCAGGUUCUGGCAAAUCCGAGCCCGUCAUCUUCCAGCGAGGGGACAGGAAGUGGUGGAAAGAAACGCACCCCCGCUGCAGCAGCGCUGGCUGUGUCGUCGAAUCACGCGCCCGCUACCAUAUUAACUAAAGGCGCUUCUGUAUCUCUCGCGGCAAAAAAUAACAAGAAUUUCAAGGGUAGUUCUUCAUCUAGUUCUAAUGCGGUCAGCAAAGAGGACGCGUCGGGUAGAAGCUCCGUCUGGCAAGAGACAUACCGGAGCAGUACGGCAACUCCGCAGAAUUUUCAGCAACCUUUGACGACUUCUACCAGCACCGCAGGGACUGCUACAACUCUGAAUACCGCAGGAGGUAGUUCUUCGCGCGGCAACACCAAUGUGGCGCAGGGCAACAGCAACAAAGGCAACACUGCGCCGCCCUCCUCGGCUGGAGCUGGUAGUACAACUAGUGUGUACGCACGUGCAUCCGGGAAGAGCGUGACUUUCCAAUCCGCCAAGGGGCAGCAGCUGCACGCCAGCAACACAAGAACGGGCUCAUCUGCUGUUGUUCUACAAAGGGGCGCCGGGGGAGGCACCUCAACGGCAGCCAGCAAAAGUGGUGCCGCGCGGAUUUCCGGUGGUGGAGGUCCCGCCCAGCAGACACCGCAGCACAUGCUGGACUCGAGUGCUGCGGCGCCGGCGCGCGGUAAUACAGUGACCAAAUCGGCGAAGGGCCAGGGCGGUUCCGUCGCCGCGCCCGGAGGCAGUGCAACUGCGGCGGCUGCAGUAGCUGCCGCGCACGCGAAGAACGUUGCGGGGGCAUACACUGGUGCUAAUACAGGUGUGUUGGCGGGUAGCUGCAGUACAGCUGCGGGUGUAGCAGCAGGUCAUGCCGGUGUGCAUCAUCCAGAAUUGCUUGUUGGUGGAGUUCAAUCUCAGCAGCACCUGGCACCUGCUGCGUACGUUCAGCAUCAUCCACUUGCACCACCUUCUCGACUACAUCAACAGGGUCCCGCGACCAGUAGCGCCGCGGCAUCUUCCCGGGCUGCGUCUCUGGGUCCCCCAGGGGCCGCGGGACAUCACACGUACUAUAACCUGCACCAGGCGGCGGCCAUCAACACCAACCCAAUGGCCAUCAGCCCGGCCGUGUGUUAUCAUGAUCUUCCGCACGGGUCGCCCUAUCUUUACGGGUACGGCAUGCACGGCGCGAGCGGAAUAGUUCACCCUGCCGUGUUGCACGGACUGUACUAUGGCAUGGCAGCAGCGGCUCCUGGAGCCGCGACUUACCCCCCGGUUGCCGGCGUCGGCAAGGCGGGUGGUCUCGGACCGCAACACUGUGUCGUUUCCCAAAGUGCUACCGCGAUUCCCGCAGCGGCCUUUAACGCAGCCGGCGCAGCCUCCGUGGCGGCCUCCCCGGCCGCUGCACAGCCGUCGAUCGCAAAAGGAAAAGCAGCGGUCGCUGCAGCCGCAGCUGGCGCAAAAGGCGGGAUGGCUGGAUCCACGAUUUCAAGUGCUGGCGAUAUUCCUGUUGGGCCGGGUGCGGCGACGUUUUUCUCAUCGUCCUCAAAGGGCAGCACUAGUAGUUCGGGAGCAUCUGCUGCUGCGGCCGGGGGAGGGUGCGAGCAGAAAGACGCGUCCGGCGGAACAAAGAUCUCCUCCAGCGCGGGCAGUGCAGCUGCGGCUGCAAACGACACUAGAACUACAAAUUACACCACGGCAGCGGCCGGCGAAGGCGGAGGCGCGAGUGCUACCGAAACGAGAAAAACGACGACGACCCCGAGUGGAGGUGGACAGGAAGCAACAACCUCGAAACCAACCUCCUUACUCGCCCAGAUGUCGGGUUUGGUGACACAGGCCGCGAUGGCGCAGCGGCAGCAGCGCCAUCAAGCACAAGUGCAGAAUGCGAAUGCUAGCAGGGCUGCAACGGCGAUGAGUAGUACAAGCACGAGCUCUGCGAAGGACUCGGCGUCCUUGACUUCCGCCGUGGGAGGCCCGGACUUUUCCGCUAGUGCCACCGCACCUCCCGGUGUACUAAGUGGGACAGGAACUACCGCAACUCCUCCAAAUAAUUCUGGUACAAUAGCUCCUGGGGGUCCGCGUGCAAGCCAGACGGCGACAACUGAUGGCAGCAGUUCUCAGCCACCCCCGAUGAAGGGACGGAUAUCGAGUGCAAAUAUGUCAUCUGGGUCUCGAUGGUUUCGAGGAUUGUCAUGUUCGUCAUGAUCUAGAUCUAGAAGAGUUUGGUAGAGGGUGAGGCUGGCGAUGAGGAUGACUCUGAGCGGCCCUGUAUUGCGUGACCUCGUAGACGUAGAGCUCCUCUUGUCUCCUGUGUCAUGCAGAAGCGGAGUUUCUCAUCCUCAUCCGGAAAACACAAAAAAUCUGAACAAGACAUCAUGCUUCGCGUUGCAUUUUUACUGUGCUUCUUAAGUAAUUUUAUUCACUGACAUGCAACCUCACCCAGACAUUGAAAUAUUCGCAACGCAUAACGGAAAGCGUCCGCGUAUUUCGCCCGACUUCGGGUCCACGAGGACCACGUCGAGGCUCCGCCCAAUCAGGGGAACAGCCCCGUGCUGCAGCAGUAUUACGCGAAAGGUAACGCGGCAUUUCACAUGCAGCACCACUACGUGCAUGCGUACCACCAAGGCGGGGCCGGGGGACCGGGUGCAGGAGGAGGUAGCGGCUAUUACCACUAUGGUCCGCAAGCGAGCCACGCUGGGAGUGGUGCGACUUAUGCAAGCAAGAAGGGGAAUGGGAAAAUGCCGAUAAAAUGAAGUACUAAGCCUCGAUAGGAUUCUGAAUAGAACUUCGACCCCCGUUCUCGCAUCUCGAUGAAGUUUUAGCAAAGCAUCACCCGCCUCCGGGAAUGCAAAAUGGACAUUAAUUUGUGUGGUACAAAAGCAAAUGAGGGAGCUUCACUUUACAAUGUUGUCUCUUAUUUUUUUUAGAAUUUCCUAGGAUCUUCCAUUUUCGACACUAAAGGGGUCGGCGAAGUCAUUGUUUUGCACGACCGCUAAAGAUAAAGAGAAGGCACCGCCAUUCAUUUGAGCAAUUUCAUCUGAGUCUUGUCUAUAUAUGGAUAUGCUUUUUUUUGUACUCUAGCAAAAAGAUCGUAGAUACUACCGAACUGCGAAAAGCGAACCCAUGUAAGUAGCUGCAAUUGCAAGCACUUGAAGAGGCAGUAAUUUUGACGUUGUCUUGGUCUGGUUAUGAUCACCACAUGAAUGUCUGUGUAUCCAUAAAACAAAAAAUGAAAACUAAAGAUGGCGUUGCUAUUGCAAUACUUUCCCACUUAGAUGAGUGAGCCGCUCUUGAAACAUAAAAAUGAAAUAAAUAUAGUACGGAUACGAAGACGAAAAAAAGAAGCCCAAGGCGAAUUAUCGACUACCAGGCAUAAGACAACGGAAAUUUUGCUUAAACCCGAACGUAUUUAUUUUUGGCCAUGUUUCUAAGGCAUAAACUGAGUAUGAUUGCAACGAAUUCUUGAGUAGCCAUUUCUAGAAAACCUCGGCCUCUUGCAUAUUCUGCUAGUAUCACCUGAAUAAAUGAAUUUUUGCACACGAAAUUUCUCAUCUGCCCCCGUGCCCCUGAAGAAGAUACCAAUCUUUUGAAUUUCAGUAUAUUAUAGUUCACAAUGAAUGUGCUUCGAUGAAGUUGUAGCACGCUGCUCAUAAAAUAUUUUGAUUCUUCAUCUUCUUCUAAACCCAAAAAUUAACAUCUGACUUUGUUUUCUUCUCUUUCGGUGCCAAGCGCUCUCCACAGGCUUGGUAGCAAAGUAAGAAUGUUCGCGACGACACGGAAUUGCUUUUCUUCAUGAAAUACGAACACAAAUACGACAAAUGAUUUCUGUUGCUUUUUCUCUCUUUGAAGGGUUUGCGAUUUUACUUAACCAAACCGACCUGGCGCCACUAACACUCUAAUUUGGAUGUUUACAGCUUUAGGAACUUCGAGCUCAAUCUUCAGGGCAUAUAUACACCUUGAUCAUGCAGAUGUAGUACAGAAGUUGAGGUCGCUUGGCUCAGCGUGUUGGACAACGGCGAGCGGCAUCAGCAAGGUUUUUUUUAAAUAAACGUUUUCAAUAAAUCAGUAGUAGUUAUUAAGGUUUUAUUACACCGACUUCAUUAUUAUUGGGAAGAACACAAACUCCGAAUCUUGCAACUACAAAACAGUGAGGCACGUAGAUAUUGAAGUUGAGCCCGGCUGCUUAAGAUGUGGAUUGAGCGGGGGACGAGAUGGAGAUGAACAAACUUUUUUUCAGAUAUGCAUUUUUUAUGCGAAGUCUGAUUUCUUUUAGGAAAACAAAUCAAUGUCUACUUCAGAUCACCCGAUUGAAGCGACAUAUCUUACUUUCUAAUGAGAAAGCGACCGAAUACGAAACAAAUCAGAGCGAGCCGAAUGUUGUGGGCCAACCUAUGUGUGUCGCACGCCGGCCCCCGCUGAAGACCAGCGGCAGUCGUGUGUCAAAAAGAUGACCUAGCCGUAGCCGAAG